CGUAAGUCAAGUCAACAAAUUUGGCAGUUGUUUAGGGUUUAUCGUCAGGAAGAGCUCUCCGAGCUCUCGCAAAGGACUUCAAUCUGAUUGCUUGGUGUAUCUACGAGCUUCAGGAAGCUGGUUGGUGCCCCACAAUCGAAUCUAUAGUAAAUGGGGAUUGGUUGGCAGUUCUAGGUUUCAUAUUUAUUUGUAUUGAGAAGAGAGGGUGACCAUGGCAGGGCAACUGCCAGGGAAUCUUUCUCAGCAUGGGCAUGGAAUUAUAGGAAAUGGAGCCUCUAUGAUGUUUCAAAAUACAUCAGAAGAGCCUCACUUCUGUUCACCCAAGUGGUACUUCAGUAGACAAGAAAUAGAAGAGUGUUCUCCAUCUAGAGAGGAUGAAAUUGAUUAUAAGAAAGAGAGCCAACUGCGCAAGUUUUACUGUUCAUUUAUUCAGGAAUUGGGCAUGAAGCUUAAAGUACCCCAAUUAACAAUUGCGACAGCGAUGAUUUUAUGCCACCGAUUUUAUUUGCGCCAGUCUCAUGCAAAGAAUGAAUGGCAGAUAAUUGCUUCAGCAUGCAUGUUUCUUGCAAGCAAGGUUGAAGAAACACCUCGGUUGCUGAAGGAUGUUGUUGCUGUGGCUUAUGAGACAAUCAACAGAAGAGAUCCUGCUGCUGCACAAAGAAUUAAACAGAAGGAAGUUUUUGAGAAGCAGAAAGAACUAAUUGUAAUAGGGGAGAGACUUCUACUUACAACUGUCGCAUUUGAUCUCAAUAUCCAACAUCCGUACAAGCCGCUUGUCGCAGCUAUAAAGAGAUUAAAGAUUUCCCAUAAUGAACUCGUAAAAGUGGCAUGGAAUUUUGUGAAUGAUUGGCUUUGGACAACAUUGUGCCUGCAAUACAAACCGCAUUACAUAGCAGCUGGCUCUUUGUUCCUUGCUGCGAAAUUUCAUAAAGUGAAGCUGUCUGCAGAGAGAGGGAAAGCUUGGUGGCUGGAGUUUGAUGUUGCACCUCUGCACUUAGAAAAGGUUAUCCAACAGAUGCUUGGAUUGUUGGAGCAGAAAAAAAGACCUUUAGUUCCUUCUGUGAGUGAGAAAGCAGCUGAUGCUGCAGUUGUUGAAAAGGCUGUUUCCUGCAGUUCACAAUCUUGUGUUCUAAGUGCAUCCAUUGGAGGUUCUGUUUCAAGCCAAGGUUCUGAUGGAGAUGGUGGUGGAGGUGACAUGUCCACAAGUAUGAAAGAUACAGAUUGCUCUGUUGCCGGAAAAGGGGAACUGUCACAUUGUCGGACAAGUGACUCUGGAAGCAUGAACAGUAUUGUCGAAGAUGGCAAUACACCUGAAGUGGGUGAGGUUCAGGCAACAGUACCGGAGUCAGAUCAGAUAUCAAGUUGUAAGAUGGUGUCUGUUAAUGUUGGCCUCAGUGAUUUUGAUAAGGUUCGCAUUAGAGAGGCAUUAAAGAGGAGGAGAUGUGAACAUGGCAAUACACCUGAAGUGGGUAAGGUUCAGGCAACAGCACCAGAGUCAGAUCAGAUAUCAAGUAGUAAGAUGGUGUCUGUUAAUGUUGGCCUCAGUGAUUUUGAUAAGGUUCGCAUUAGAGAGGCAUUAAAGAGGAGGAGAUGUGAUAGAGCUACGAGGAAAGUUGUGGUAGCCAUUGAUGAUGAUGAUGAUUCCUGGAUAGAGAGAGAACUAGAAAGGGUGUAGAGGUGGACUCCGCAUCUGCAGAAAGGAGACGGAAGUUGGUAUUAUGAAGGUUUGCCUUUGAACUUAGGCUCAAAUUAAUUAUUGAAGAGUCUAUUUACCUAUCCUAAUAGAAAGGAGGGAAAUGGUUAUUGAGAUCAUCAACUGGAAACUCUAUUUGGUUGGAAUACUGGACCAUAUGUGAAACUAAUUUAUGUGGGGGUGAGUUUUGGAGGUGAUUCCUUUCUUUUAUCUUUUCCUCUAACAUAGUUAUACUAUUUUUUUUUUUUUUUGUACCUAUGUUCCAGUUAUUGCAUUUUAAUCUUUGUUGUUUAUAGUUGUACAUUUUAUGGUUCUGUGUAAUUCAUUUUUAUUCAUUGAUCAUUCAACAAUUUACUUCUUGUAUCGUGGAGUUUGAUUGAUGAUAGCUCUCUUUCAUGGUUA